UGGAUAAACAUUUAUUGCAUCUUGAUAACGAAGUGCAGAGGGCCUUGUCUCCUUUUUGCACCUUUUACACUGGAGUUGCUAACGUCGCCCAGCAACGUGCAAGGUGGUCUGCUAGCAGCAGGUGUGGAGGUAAAUUAAGCGACUAGUCCACUUAUCUUGAGAGGUUACCGAAGAUAUUGAAGACUUGGGGUAAGAUAUCAGCAGGCAACAUGAGCCAGGAAGAAGUUUUGGCAAAGUUGAAAAAGGAUGUACGUUCCUUGCUCAUUUCAUCCAAGAUGGGCUUGGACCCUGACCAGCUCAGGCGAGACUAUGUGGCCAUGCUGGGACAUCCCAUGCCCCUGAAAGUCCUGGGCUUCAGACACAUCAUGGAUAUGGUGAAGGAGAUGCCUGAUGUGGCUUCAGUUAACUUCAGGCCAGAUGGCAGUUCAUACCUAACGGCUGUAAGUGAUGAAUCAACCCGAAACAUUGAAGAGCUUGUAGCCAGGCAGCGCACAGCCAAAACCAACAAGAAGGUUUGGAGGGGAGGUGCUAGCUACUUUUCUUCUCGCUACUGUCAACCUGUGGUCCUUCCUAGAAGAGGGCGUGCUCCUCUAGCUGUCCCUGCUCACCUGAGGGCGCAACUCCACUUACUGCUCUCCCAGGGUCCGUUCAGAUUGUCAGACCUUGAGGGCUGCUUCCUACGCUGCUUUGGACACCCACUGCGUGUCCACAGCUACGGCUUCUACUCCACUGGAGAGAUGCUGGAGGCUGCGACUGACAUGGUUGCUAUCCAGCAGAGCAGGCUGGGCUCGAUUCUGAUUCUAAGAGAACAAAUGCUCCCCAGGCCGCAGCUCAGACCACUCAGAACUGGAACGAUUAAGCCAAAAUCUCCGACACCUGAAAAGUGGAACUCGAAUGAGCCAAACACCAGAACUCAGAUGCCAACAGUAGCCCCAGUUCACUCCCAAGUCCCAGUGAAGCAGAGCCCCCUUAACCAGUCCCCCACUAUGAAUGCAUUGGGUCCUGUCAUUAAAGAUGUGACAUCUGUCGGCAACAAGCCAGGGAUGGUAGAGAAAGACCAGGAAACGGAUCCAGAGCUCUGCCGGGAAGGUCAGCUCUUUCAGAAACGUGUCCUCAAGCUUGAGGAGGAUCUUCGCCAACAAAUCAUGGAGAAUGGAGUUGCUGGCACCAUCAGCCAGGAGCUGAAAGACAAGCUGCGAAAGGUUGUCAGUCAGACCAGUGGUGGAGUGUCAGUGCAUAACCUGCCAGAAGAGUACAAGAAGUUUUUUGGCGAGGACUUGCCGUUGCUACAGAGCGGCUUCGUCAGUGUCACAGAACUGGUCAGCGCCAUGAGUGACACCUUCCACCUAAAACCUGCAGGGAGUGACAGUGGACAACACUGGAUAGUUAUGGACAUACAGGACAGUGAUAUUACACAAUCAGAGUCUAAGGAGACGGAGAGUUUUGAGAACAGUGUGAAGCUGCCAUCAAGGAGCUUCUACUUCAGCUGUGGAGAGUCUCCUUGGGAAGGCGAACAUGAAGAAGACGAUGAAAAUAUCACAUCUGACGAGGACGAGGAGCUUGAGAUCAAUAAUAAUUCAAAGACAUACGAAAAGGCGUCUGAGGUGUACCCUGCCAUGCAGGUGCAUUGCAGCCCUUCAGUGCCCCUGGAUGCCGUUCAGAGUCAGCGUCUCAAACCUCCGACUCCCCAUGCUGCUCGACAGCUGAUCCAAGUGCUGGUGGAACAUGUCAAGUCGCCUUGGGAAUUCUACAUACGCUUCAGUGAGCCUGAUGGCACCCGAGCUUUGGAGGACAUGAUAAUUGAGAUGAGACGAUGUUACACAUGUCCCGAGGUAUCAGAGCGGUACCGGCUCCCGGAGCGGUUUGUCCGACGAGGUCAGGUCUGCUGUGUGUCGCCUACGGGGAUGUGGUUCUAUCGAGUGGUGAUCCAUCAGAUCAUCAGCCCCGCUCAGGUGGAGGUGUACUUUGUGGAUUACGGCAUGAUGAAUGUGGAACAGACUGCCAACCUCAAGUUCCUCAAAUCAUGUUAUUCAAUCCUUCAAGCACAAGCUGUCCCUUCGUCACUCGCUGGAAUUAAACCAACGACUGGCAGCUGGACUGCAGAGGCUGUUGCGUCAUUCAAGAAUCUGUGCUCUGAUCGCACCCUGGUGGGUGCUUUAUAUGGAUACACAGGAGAUGUGCUGCAGCUCUACUUGUGUGACACACACACUGAAAACGACGUCUACAUCCACACUGUCCUGAUGAGCCAGGGCCAUGGGACAGCCUGCAGCCCUGCAGCCAGUGCUGCUCAUUGCACCCAGCUCAACCCAGUUAGUCUCUAUUUGGGGGAGGGAAUGGUUGACCUUCCAGAGGUAGAAGAAGAGACUAAUCUGUCCCCCAAGCCUGCAAGCAAGCUUGAAAAAUCCAUGUUAUUGUCUCCAAAGGUUGAAGAAGAGCUUCCCGCCCUUGAGGUUAUUGGAGACCAACAGACCAGCACUCACAUUCAGGCUACAGAAGCCAGCCCAUUCAAUGCUUUGCUUAAUGAAGAGUCCCUGAGCGGUGGAGAUUUGGGCUGGCCCAUGACCAACAACUCGCCUUCAACCAGGACCUCCACCCCAACCUCCAGUCCUCUCGCCCCUCCUGAUCUGAUCCAGAUGAAAACUAGUCCAGCUCACUGUAAAGCCGAGCUUAAAGAAUCUUUACCCUCUUCUCAGACACAGAGCUUGACUCCUCAAACAACUCUAUCCAGCAUUAAUAUUCCUAGCCCCUUGUUUGAGAGGCCACCUCCGAUCCUGAGGACAUUGAGCCUGCACACCCCCGACCUGAACAAGGGUGUGCCCGUUCCUUCUUUCCCCCUGAGGAACUCUGGCAUUCUGUUUCCUCUGUUUGGGUCGAGGCAGGUCAUGCCUCCUUUAUCCACUCAAGAAAAUAUCAAGACAUCCCCCUGAAUGAUUCAAUACGAAAGAAGGAAUAUUU